GAUGGGAGUACAGUACAAUAUAACUGAGCUGAGAGAAGCCAAGCCAUGUCUUUGAACUACAUUAAGAACUUUUAUGAAGGAUGUCUCAGGCCUCCGACGGCGAUUGGCCAGUUCCACACGCUUUUCUAUGGCUCUGUGCGCAUGUUCUUUCUCGGCGUCCUGGGUUUUGCUGUCUACGGCAACGAAGCUCUGCAGUUCAGCUGCGACCCCGACAGAAGGGACUUAAACCUGUACUGUUAUAACCAGUUCAGGCCAAUAACACCUCAGGUCUUCUGGGCAUUGCAGAUGGUGUCUGUGCUCCUCCCAGGAGCUGCGUUCCACCUGUACGCUGCCUGCAAGAACUUUGAUCAGGAAGAAAUCCUCCGACAACCUGUUUAUACUGUUUUUUACAUCAUCUCUGUUGUGCUGAGGAUGCUUCUGGAGGUUGUGGCCUUCUGGCUUCAGAGCCACCUGUUUGGAUUCCAGGUUCAUCCGCUCUUCAGGUGUGAGGCCAGCACCUUGGAGAACAAGCUGGGCGCGAUCAAGUGCAUGGUGCCGGAGCACAUGGAGAAGACCAUCUUCCUCAGUGCCAUGUACCUCUUCACCAUCAUCACGGUGGCCCUGUGCGCUGUUGAGAUUUUUGAGAUACUUUGCAGAAGAUUAUUAGGGCUGCAGCCCAGUCAGUGA